GUCGCUCGUCUGGCGGUGGAGUCGGCCGCGCCUGCGCGCUAAUCCCUAGAAGGCGGUGCUCCGGCAACGCGGACAGCGCGGCAGCUGCCCUUCGAAGUUUUCGACAGCGCUGUCGCCACCAUGAGUCGCAACUACAAUGAUGAGUUGCAGUUCCUGGAAAAGAUCAAUAAAAACUGCUGGAGGAUCAAAAAGGGCUUCGUGCCCAACAUGCAGGUUGAAGGAGUUUUCUAUGUGAAUGAUGCUCUGGAGAAAUUAAUGUUUGAGGAAUUAAGGAAUGCCUGUCGAGGUGGUGGUGUUGGUGGCUUCCUGCCAGCCAUGAAACAGAUUGGCAAUGUGGCAGCCCUGCCUGGGAUUGUUCAUCGAUCUAUUGGGCUUCCUGAUGUCCAUUCAGGCUAUGGGUUUGCUAUUGGGAAUAUGGCAGCCUUUGACAUGAAUGACCCUGAAGCAGUGGUAUCCCCAGGUGGUGUCGGAUUUGACAUCAACUGUGGUGUCCGCUUGCUAAGAACCAAUUUAGAUGAAAGUGAUGUCCAGCCUGUGAAGGAGCAACUUGCCCAGGCUAUGUUUGACCACAUUCCUGUUGGGGUAGGAUCAAAAGGUGUCAUCCCAAUGAAUGCCAAAGACUUGGAGGAGGCCUUGGAGAUGGGUGUGGACUGGUCCCUAAGAGAAGGCUAUGCCUGGGCUGAAGACAAGGAGCACUGUGAGGAGUAUGGAAGGAUGCUGCAAGCUGAUCCCAAUAAAGUCUCUGCAAGGGCUAAGAAAAGAGGCCUUCCUCAGUUGGGGACCCUGGGAGCAGGCAACCACUAUGCAGAAAUCCAGGUUGUGGAUGAGAUUUUCAAUGAGUAUGCUGCUAAGAAAAUGGGCAUCGACCAUAAGGGACAGGUGUGUGUGAUGAUCCACAGUGGAAGCAGAGGCUUGGGCCACCAAGUAGCCACAGAUGCGCUGGUAGCUAUGGAAAAGGCCAUGAAGAGAGACAAGAUUAUAGUCAAUGACCGUCAGUUGGCUUGUGCACGAAUCGCUUCCCCAGAAGGUCAGGACUACCUGAAGGGAAUGGCAGCAGCUGGGAACUAUGCCUGGGUCAACCGCUCUUCUAUGACCUUCUUAACCCGUCAGGCUUUUGCCAAGGUCUUCAACACAACGCCUGAUGACUUAGACCUUCAUGUGAUCUAUGAUGUUUCUCACAACAUUGCCAAAGUAGAGCAGCAUGUGGUGGAUGGAAAGGAACGGACACUGUUAGUGCACAGGAAGGGAUCCACCCGCGCUUUCCCUCCUCACCAUCCCCUCAUUGCUGUUGAUUACCAACUCACUGGACAACCAGUGCUUAUUGGCGGCACCAUGGGAACCUGUAGUUACGUUCUUACAGGCACUGAACAGGGCAUGACUGAGACCUUUGGAACAACCUGUCAUGGAGCGGGCCGUGCGUUGUCCCGAGCAAAAUCUCGACGUAAUUUAGAUUUCCAGGAUGUCUUAGACAAACUGGCAGACAUGGGGAUCGCAAUCCGUGUUGCCUCACCCAAACUGGUUAUGGAAGAGGCUCCUGAGUCCUAUAAGAACGUGACAGAUGUGGUGAACACCUGCCAUGAUGCUGGCAUCAGCAAGAAGGCCAUUAAACUGAGACCCAUCGCUGUCAUCAAAGGAUAGAACCUGAACAACAGGACUGCAGACACCACUGACCCUCUAAAGUGGAAGUGAACUGAAGCGCUUUUUAGACAUCAAACUCGAGAACUGACAGGUUCCAAAGUGCGCAGCUAUAACUGCUCAUGCCAAAAUGGCUGCCAGGGAGGCUGCUGCUUUUAGGAGCCAGAAUUUUAAAAUCACUUCUGGGAGGAGGGACGUUGCCCCCGUUUGGAAAGGGAGAAAUAUGCCUCCUCCUCCGUUGUCCCCAGAUUUUUAGGAAAAUCUGUUAGCAGGUGGGUAGGGGUCAAGAAACUGCCUUACUCAGCCAUACAAGUCUUUAGCCAUCAGAAUGAGCUUCUUUACAGCAAGCUCUGUUUACGUCCCAAGAGGUGUCAUGAGGAACAUUCUAUUAAAUAAUAAGUUUGGGGGAUGUUUCCCUUCCCUUGCUUUGUCAGUUUUUCCAUUCAGUCACCCAUCAUUAUCACCCCUGCACUGAGCAAGACCAUAAAUACCCCUAUUCCUUGGAGAUAUUAGAUAAAGAUAGUAGAUAAAUGGAUUCAUUGAGGAAGGAGUGUGUGCAGAAAUUUAUUGAAAGGGUGCCCAAAAGAGAAAAUAAGUUUUCACACCCUUGCUACCUUUCUUGUGCUAAUGUGAGGCAGAGUUUUGACUGACCUGCAACAUGGCAUCGCUAGUAUCCUGGCAAAAUUUUUUUUGAGUAAUGCCUUGCACAGCAGCUGCAAAGAACCCUCACAUAAGACUGAAUGUCUUUACCUUUUGUGGUUAAAUUAUAAAACCAAAGCUGCCACAGUUAUUAACAGUUUCUCUGUAUUAACAGGUUGAUUAGUCUUGUGCCACCUAAUCAGAUUUCAUGCUAUGGACAAUGACACCUCAAAGAUGUUAAAGGACUAUAGUUACAGGUUCCAAAGGCCUUAGUUGAAUCUGAAUGGCCAGUAAAAUAGAAAAUCUAAUAAAGUUGCAAUAUGUUGCUUA